UUGAGUUCUGCCUCUCUUGCAGGACUGAAUGUAGCAUAUUUGUAAGUAUGUUUUGGUAGUGGUAGAACAAGUCGAAACCUUUAAAAGUUCCAUCUUUAAAGAGUGUUCUAUUUCGAUAUCUAAAUAAAUCUUUGAGAAUUUAGAAAUAAUUCCGUACACCAUAAAUUAUAUCAAAGAAGAGAUUUGGCUGUUACUGAAAUUAACCAAAACGUUUCGCUUUUCCUACUGGGUAAAUGUACGUAUCGCAUUGGACAAUAAUUAGAAAAUAUUUGUUAUAGAUGAAUAAAUUAAGCAUUACCUACUUUCAUUGCAAAAAUAUAUUGACAUUGUCAUUGGAGACACGCGACGGUACGCACACUACUGGUAUGUACAAAAAUCCAUUGCUUCUUAUUAUGCGCCUGUUACGAGUACCUAAACUCGUCCUGAUUUGUCUUUUUUUAUAUGUGAUGUACGGCGUUGAAUCGAAAGCUGGUUUGAAGUUCACCAAUGCCCACUGUGAGUCCUUCAACAAAUCCUGGGCCGUAAUAAAUGAGUGUAGAUUGCGAGCCAUUAACCGAUAUGUCACGGUGUUGAAUAUAAAUAUAACAUUCCUGCAUCCUGCCUACCAAAUAAAGCUGAGUUCAUCUUUCAUGAAGAAAGCCAAUGGAUAUAAGCCAUUUGUGUUGGAUUUUACUGUUGACGCAUGCGAUUAUAUCGUCAAGAAGAAUAAUGCCAUUGCCAAUGUGGUAUAUUCGUUUUUCAAAAAUUUCAGCAACAUAAAUCACACUUGCCCCUAUUAUGGGGAUCAGUUGGUGCGAAACUUUUAUCCCCGCUCUGAUUUAAUUAAAUUGGUUUUUCCCAGCGGCGAAUAUGCUUUGCUGAUGAACUGGUUCCUGGGUAAGGUGAAAACUUUUGUUACAAACAUAUAUUUUACUUUUCAUGGCUGAAUUCAAUCGCUAAGUAUGUACAUACUUACGCAUAACUGUAGAUCAGAAACCGUUAUGUAAAACCUUUGUUUUUCCCAAUAAAAGAAACUGACAGGAACUGUUUCGACGUUUUUGAACCAAGAUUUUUUAACGGAGUCCAACCCAGAGAUAAUUUAGAUAGGCCUUCUUAAGUGAAUCCUUUCUGCAAGGCCUACCCAAGAAGGGCUGAAAAAAGGGCUUGCCUGCAUGGCUUCUAGAAGGUCCAUCUAUUUACAAUUAACGUGAAUGCGUAAAUUUAUAUUAUUUAACAUUAUAAAUAAAUUUAAAUUUGCAUUUGAAAUUGCAACAAAACAUAAUAUGAUAUGAACCUUAAAUAAAUGCCUUAAAGAAGUAUGAUUUUUUGGAAUUAAAGAAGCAGCUCCUCCAAAACUCCUUCUGAAAUACGUCCUACAAAAGCCCUUCUGAAAGGCCCUCAAUGGUAGCGAGAACAGAAGGCCCUCAAUUUGUGCCUUUUGGAAGGCCUUCUAGCUCCUGAAAUUAUCUACUGGGAAGUCAAUUUUGUUCAAAAUUUAAAAU